GCAAAGCUGCGCAGCUGUUUUGCGGCAAACUGAAAGGAGCCGGUUGGGGAUGAUGGCUAUUUACACUAGUUUGUUCAUCUAAAAACUGUACUUCCAUAGAGGACUUCUGUUUUGUAAGUUGAAAAAUGGUUUGAGAACAAGAACAACUUUUACUCUUGGUUGCCCAUACGACGAGGACCCACGACUAAAUUCUGUGAUUCUGACUUUUGCGGAGCUCUUCUGAUAGCGAAGUAAACGUGCAAUGAUGGCGUCGGACGUGCUAAAGUACGUCCUGAAGGAGUGGAUAGGGGAAUACGUGACUGGAUUGGAGAAGGCUGCGCCCGGGGAAUUCAAAAAUCUGACGCUAAAGGUGGACCAGAUCAACGAGGACCUUCAGGAAUGUCAAUCGCCGCUCUAUUUCAAAGAUGGUACAACAACUUCUACAUCUUGAUCUUGACCUGUGUGGUCUGCAGGUUUGUCAUGCGAGGAGUUUGUUCUUGCACGUAUCGUACUAAAGAAGUGCCCUUCCUACUACACCUAGAACAAGUAAUCAGUGCUGUCCAAACAAAUAACACUGUCUCGUCACCAGGCAAACUCGGGGACCUCCGUAUCCAAGUCAACUGGCUGGGGACGGUCAGUUUCGAGCUGGAAAAGCUCUCAUUCGAAAUCGGGUUGGAUGCCAUGAAGGUGAUGAAAAAUGCCAUGGGCGUCAGCAAUCAGCCGUCAGACGACGAAGCAGCCAAAAAAGAGGCUGCGGAGAAGGAAAAGAUCUUGUACCUCGUAAAGAGAAAGCUUUUGCUUCAUUGUUGUUUCCACACGCUCACGCUCUACGAGAAAUAGUAUAGGGACUGCGUAAUUUUUUGGAUGCAUGGUGUCCUCGCGUGUGCAGUGAGUUCUUGCGCAUGCUGCUUUCCCUACGUUGAACCCCCUUUGAUUUGGCCUUCGUCACGAAACUUAUCAGGGCGUAUGGAAAGCAAAACGCUAAGCGGGCCCAUUUUUGCCCGCGGCACGACGACAGUUCCAAGCGACAGAAGGGAAUCGCGAAGACCGUCAGUUGCAAGGAGUGCAACACGCUGUUGCAAACAAAUUACAUCGACUUUGCGUACUGCCCACCCUGCUCGCAGAAAACCCAAAAGUGCAUGCUGUGUGGCGAGCAAGGCGCGCCCCCACCGGCAGAAGACGCGGUCGAGAUGAAAAAAGAGCUGAAAUUCGUCGCUGCAGCGAGCUCGGGUAAGUAUGUCAGUUUGAUGAUGGAUUUGAGAAGAGCAUGGCUCGUUUCGUUUCGAUUUUGAAUAAUGCUGAUAUCGGUGCAAAUCUUGGGAAAUAAUAAGUAAGUUCACAACUCCUACCAGCCCCUUCCGCACCGGGUGCUGAGUUUGCCGGGCGCGCACUGGCGGAGCGUAUUUUUGGGAAAGUCGCAGCGGCGGACGGGAGCACAACCGCAUCCUCCAGCCGAGGACCCACGAGCGAGGAAGAGCCAAAUGGUGUUUAUUCUGGCGGACAGAAGAAAAGCUCCGCGGAAUCAGGAUCUGCUUCUUCCUCGGCCUGGGCCUCAACAGCCACGCCAAGAGGUGGUGUGAGUGGCAACGCGGCGGAAGUAGAUCUCCGAAUGCAGGCGUCUACUUCCAGCAGUUCGUCGAGCACCGCGGGAACCAGCAGACCAAGAGCCUCGUCUGCUUCUGCUUUCGCGCCGUACGCCGAGCAGAUACAGGGCACGCUGCGCACCGCACUCGGCGACCAGAGUGCCUGGCUGCCACAGUGGAUUUUGGGCACCAGCGCAGACGCAGAACCCAGAACCCCGCAGCCCCCGAGCACUGGCACGGCUCCCGCACGACCGCCGAGCAAAACCCAUGCGCGCGUGCUGUCCGCGUUGCCGCCGGUUUCGGACGCGGUGCCGAGCGAACUAGCGGACUCCUCCGGCGCCCCGCGGUCGGCCAGCAAGCCGCUGCACAGCGCCAUCGGCGACCACGAGUCGAUUAGCCCGGAGUACAGUCCCUCGAAGGAUCCGGUGCGAAAUAUUUGGAUGUCGUCCACGACCAGCACGAAAUACGAGCGCGAACUGUAUCCGGACGAGCACCAGAAUCCGCAAACAGGAGCUGACGGAGUGUUAAAUGCAGAUCCGUUUUCCUCUCUUUCACAGCCCGCGGGGACAUCGGAGACGCCGGACUUCGUUUCCUCCGCAGACGCGUACCUGAAGAACUUUUACAGCAGCAGUGGCACGACGGCAACAUCUUUCUCCAGCGAUUUGUACAACAGCUCGAGCACUAGUUUCUCGAUGGGCUUUUCCCUCGAUCCUUACGGAGCAGCUCCUGCCGUUCCUGCAACAGCAGCAGCCUCGUCCUCGUCUUACGACAGCUACGCGUCGGUCCAAUUGCUCGGUGACGUGGGAGAUCCGGUUUUGGACAAUCCGUUUGCCCCAAGGGAAGAGUCUGGGUCAGCACUUUUCAACGCCAAUUUCUUUGGAAGCAAUAGCGGACCUUCCUCCUCCAGUUCCUCCGGCUUCGGCGGGCUAGGUUUGAUGUCGAAUCAAGACAACUUUUCCGACAACGAGCGCCAGAAUGCACUCGCGGCGUUCCGCAACGGAACAGGAGGAAACGAGGCCGAACAGGAAGAGAACGCAAGGAAAAGCCAGCUGGAUUCGAGCUAUGCCGCGGCGAUCGAGCGCGCCCUGCAGCGCGGCGGGGUCGACGAUGCAACAAAGUUACAGACGAUCGCAGAAGACGACGCGGAACAGAUAUCGCCGAUGGGGGUGAGACACAAGAAACACUCAACUAACGCAGGCGAUGUUGGUUCAUCGCAACAGCAUGCUGAUGCUGUGCUGAACUAUCGAAGAGGUAGUGGAAGUUCGGCAAAAAGUGGUGGCAAGCGGGAAAAGAAGGAGAGUAGCAGUAGCAAGAGCUGGCAAAGUUCCAUCGCGUCUUGGACUGCGAAGUGGUCGUCUUAAGCCCUCGCUUCAGUGCGGAAAAUUGUCAUUCACGCAGGAAGAUCCAUAACCAUAUCUAACCUUCCACGCUGCCGCUGGCAGCCGCCACAGGCGGAUGCAGGCACGACUGUCGGCAAUGCGACGGUGUUCAUACAGUUGAGUUCCACGCUCAGUUUUUGCCGGUCUUGUUGCAGAC